GAGUAAAUUAAAUACGUGUAUAUAAAGAUUCGAAGUGCUCUUCACGCGUUUUUUUAGUAUGAAAUUAAAACACAAACGAAGGAAGAGCGAUUAACUCCACAAACACAAACCAUAAUGUCAAAACGCAACGCGCCGUUUCAAGCACCGCCUAGACCGCUAGUAAAACAACAUUCAUGGUCACCGGACGCGGAUCGAGAAGAAGCUUGGCUUCGAAAGAAGGGGAAGCAAUCAUUGGGCCGACUCGGUCGGAGUAAGAGCGUGACGGACGAAGAUCUAGAAGAGCUCAAGGGAUGCAUCGAGCUUGGAUUUGGAUUCGAGCCGGAUUCGCCUGAUUUAGAUCCGAGGCUCUCGGAAACUCUUCCAGCUCUUGGUUUAUACUGCGCCGUCAAUAAACAGUAUAGUAGCAGAUUGUCACGGACUUCGUCUCUUUCGUCGAUCGCAUCGGAAGGUGAAAACAGCAAUUCCAGCACGACGAUCGUUGAUCAAGGUGAUGAUCCGGAGACGAUGAAGCUGAGGUUGAAGCAAUGGGCUCAGGUGGUUGCUUGUUCGGUGAAGCAAUUCUCCGGCGAACCGAAUUGAUGUUUGAAUCAUGAUGAUUAAGGAUAAUAAUCCCUUUAAUUUUUUUAUAAUUACCUCUUGAGAAAUUAUUGUUUGUUCUGAUGUGAUGUACAGAGGAAUGACAGUUUUGUAAAAUAGAUGCGAAUUUAGAAUAUUCAAAUUUUGAAUCUAAUGGUUAACCAAACAAAAAUAUUAUAAUUUCAUUCUUCU